GUAGGUACUCCAAGAAGAAACAUGGCGACAUGGCUAUGGCGGAGGGGCACCAAAAGAAGCUUUUUCUGUCUCCUAGCCGUAGCCAUUUUCCUCCACUCUGUCCUGACUGUUCGCUUAUCAUAUGUCGCCUUAUGGAAAGGAUUCGACACGAUGGAGAGGACCCAACAUGGUGGUUACAGUUGUCAGCAGUCACGUGAACCUACGGGGCUGCAACGAUUGGUUCUAAUGAAUCGCGUUCCCGCCAAAAUGUUCUCGGCUGAGGCAAGUCCAGGUCGUCCGUCUGUUCCCCCGUCUCCUGGGCGGUCUCCCCGCGUGUCUUUCUCUCCGAACCGCCCUCAGCAAGCUCCGGUGGUCCUGGAAGACUUAGUCUCUCCUGAAGAACCCCCCGUCUCUAAAAUCGCGGCGUUAAUUCUAUCCUAUAGCAGCGAUGAAUCUUUAAUUCUAGGCGAAAUGUUCAACCAGCAUCCCGACUUCUUUUACAUGUUCGAACCCCUCCAUCCGCUAGAAGUCGCUGCCAGAAGUAGGAACACUACAGACCGUCUGAAGGUCAGGAUCUUACACGACGUCAUCUCGUGUAACUUUUCGGCAUGGGGGAACCACUUCAAGACCUAUUUCAAAGAUGAGGACUUUGGGGGAUGGCAAAAUAGCAGAGACAUUCAACAGGCGUGUUCUAUCUCGGAGAAGUACUUCAAGUUGAACCUUCGGAAAAGAUGUCCUAUACUGGACCAGGACAUCCCGACUGUCCUUCGUGCAAUCUGCGUGAGGCGGAAGCAUUCAGCAGUGACGUUCGCACAGACCAGAAACCUCGUAAGUCUAGCGACACUUCUCCGUGAGCCAGAUCAGGGAGCCCCGUCUGAGGCCGUGAGCGGGGGGCUGAGUGCGGAGGACAGGCAGCUGCUGUGGGAGGAGGGUCUGUCUCCUGUUAUCUCUGGAGGAGAACCCGCCGUUCGGACCAGCCGAAGCCCAGAUGUAAGGCUGCUGCUGAUUGUGCGAGACCCGCGCGCCUGGGUGACGUCACGGCUUCGGCAGCUCUACAAGACUGUCACGAGGUUCCAUCCCGGUCACGUGACUGCCGCUAGACCACAGGACUACUGUGAUUGGGUGCUGCAGAUGACUCGGUACGACACGGGGAACGAGAACGGCACAGGGGCCAAACCACUCGGACUGCGGGGGAGGUUCGCCGUGGUGAGGCACGAAGAUGUCGUCGCCAGACCUCAGCAGAUAGCCCGCAAGGUUUACAGCUUUGUGAACCUCCCGCUGCACCCAGGCGUCCUGACAUGGCUACAGGAAAACAUGGAGGACAACAGGACGUCACGUGGCAUGUCUAGUAUAAUUAGCCAGACAAACCUACAGGACCCUGUGAACGGUUGGCAGACGGCGCUAGGGUUUGGUGCCGUCAAAAGGAUUCAGGAAAUAAAGAGUUGUAAGACAGUCAUGGACAUGUUCGGCUAUAAGAUCGUUCACGUGGCGGACUUGAACAGAACAGCUGAGCCGAAAACAUGACGACUUCCCACACUGAUAUCAAAGGCAUCCACUCAUAUACUAUAUAGAUAGUAGUUUGUAGUAAGAAAUGUAUCAUCAAUACAUGACCAUA